AUGGUUUCAACAUUCGAGCAUCUACCCGAUGAAAUCCUUUUGACUAUUUGUCAGUUUCUAUCCCAAUAUCACAUUAUUCAUGGAUUUUAUGACCUAAAUCAUCGACUCAAUUGUACUGUAGCACAAUUUACUACAUCAUUUUUUAUGCAACGUCGGUAUGUAUAUGAUCAGGAUCAAAAUCAAGAAAUACUAUCCACUAUUGGACGAUUUCUUCGAUCAUUAACCGUCAAAGACGUAAAAUUAUCUUCACAAGAUCUUUUACUAACACCGAACAUUCAUGAACUGACUUUCAUUCGAACCUGCGUCUGUCCUUUACCACCACUUGUGCAUCUGACGGAUUUAAAUAUAUUCAAUCCUUUCCCAACAUCUGUUACCAACACACUUUUCACCUCUAAUCCCAAUCUUCACUCGGUAUUCAUCUGUUCAACAAGUGUGUUAAUCAACCUUCCACCUCCAACAGGGCAAACAUCAGCCAUCAAGCAACUUGCGGUGACACUUCAAUCGCUUUCCGAUCUUCCAUCUCUACUACGCUUUUGUCCCCACUUAACUUGCUUGAAUUUGAACUUACAACGCGAGAUAUCUCUAGAAAAUUCAUUUCCCACAAUCAACCUCGCAUCAAAUCUCGCGAUAUUUUCACUCCGUACGCCAUACGAGGUUAUGGUUGACUUCGCACGUAUCAAACAUGUGUUCAAAUAUCUUCCGUCAACGCUUGAAAUACUCGCUGUUGAAAUCUAUACUACAGAUUCGACAUGCCUUAAUGGCCAAUCCUGGGAAAACAGCUUGACAGAGAACUUUCCGAAUUUACAUCACAUGGAAUUCUUCAUUUAUCUAAAAACUGACCUAAAACCGAUCGGUGAAACACUGAAACUACCAGAUGUGCUCAAAACUUUCAAAACUCCCUAUUUGUCAACUAUCAUUCCUCAACAGAUCGCAGGUGAUUACAAUUCGGUAUCCUACGUCAGUUCACUAAGUAUCUUCACCCAACCGGCUCCGACUGUAAGACGACGUCGUUAUUUUAUCCACUGA